ACCAACGCGCUUUCCGUACUAAUGGGUGUGAACACAAUAUGGCGGCGUCCUGUUGUUCUGUUUUAGCCAUAUUUAACUAUCACUGUGUUUUGUAGAAAGUUAAAUGGCUUUUAGUGUACGACCUGUUGGAGUAUAAAAACACCAUUUACCUGGUUACCCGAGCAUUAUGGCGUAUCAGUGUGUAUUAUUUACAGCUCGGGCUUUCUUCAUUGCACCCCAUCGGGUGACCUGUAUACAGCAUUUACGCACUGUUCUGCCUCUGUCCAGACGGUCUGAUGGAAAUCCCACGGUCUGGAAACGUUUUAAACGCGUGUCACUGACAUGUCAAGAGCUACAUUAUGUACCGUUACUCCACAGUCAGCCAGUGCGCACUUCCCAUUCCGCCGUGGUGAGGGAUGUGGUGCUGUUCGACCAUGACAGGACGCGCUUCUUCAGGCUCCUGGCUCUGUUUUGUGGAGGUCAGGUCCUCUUUUGGACCUAUUUGGCCUAUUUUGCGUUCACGGGACUUCGAGACACGCGAAAGAGUAGCAAAGAGCCUCAAAGCGUCAGGACGGAUUUGGGGCUUUUUAGCUUUGACAUGAACCUUGGAUCAAAUACCUGGAGAUUUGGAUUCACACUUGGUUGUCUUAUUAUAGGAGGAGGAAUUGUUGGACUGGGCGUAUUGUUCAGCCGUCGCUCUGUCAGUCGUGUGGUUCUGCAUAAGGGAGGUGGAAAAGUGACUGUGUGUACUCAGUCGCCCCUAGGUGUGAGCAAAGCCUGGCAUCUAACUGUACCUUUGAAUCAAGUGGCUUGUCAUGCGCACAGGCAGGAAUCACCGUCCUUCAUCCCUCUCAAAGUAAAAAAUCACAGGUUCUACUUCCUUUUAGACAAGGAAGGGAACCUGAACAAUCCAAAGCUGUUUGAUGUCACUGUUGGGGCCUACAGACCCUUAUAGAUGUCAUGCUAUUGACAUGGUUAAAAAGCCUUUUUAUAAAAACAAAAAUGAAACAAGAUAAAUGUUUUACUGCUGAUAAGUGUGUUUCAUUUGAACUAUUGUACACAUAUGGCAAGUAAUAAAAGCUUUAAUAGCAAUAAAAAUA